AUGGACUCAGAAGACGGGGAGUUCUUCAUCAAGCAGCUGGCCAGCUUCGUGCGCACGCACGAGAAGGCGCUGGCCAACGCUCUACAGUUUAAGAGGCAGAACAGUGGCCCCAGACAUGGCUCCUCGCAGAGCGUCUCGGCGCUGCCCGCCAUGUCCCAGUCGUCGGCCCCGCUGCCCGAACGGCCCUCGACCGCGUCUUCCACGUCCGGUGGCCUGGCUGCGGCACUGUCCCUGGGCUCCUUUAGCUUCACCUCGCAUAACAUGAAGCCCGCCAAGCUGGCACUCACGCCGCACCACCUAUUCUACCUCCUGUCGCGGUUCGAAGAGAUGGGAAUCAACGUUGGCCCCAUGAAAGUCCGCCUGGAGAAUCUGCAUGACACUUCGAGCUCUGCCAACUACGUGUCUUUUCUCAGCUCCUCUCAGCGUACUCGCAGCUCUGACGUCGUCUCGAUACGGUCCGUCUCGAGUGUGAGGAGCGUCAUGUCAGGCAUGUCGGCUCUCUGGACCAGUUUCGGUCUCGGAGCUAGCAUAUCGGCGGCUAGAAACGAAAAGCAGAAAGCUGCCCUCGCCGCCGACCUGAAGUAUCUCUACUCGGCCUUUACGAAGAUCCCCUGCCUCAGGUUUGCCCCGGAUUGGCGUGCCAGGUUGAUUCGUGGAUACGAGGAAUUUCCCUUCGACUCUGCCGUCCCGCUCUAUGUUUUCAAGAACCUCCAGGCCUUGGAGAUCAGCGGGAUCGAUUUCAGACAAUUCUUCGGCUGGGAUCGCCUCGCAGACCAGGUCCGGUCGCUAACACUCAAGCGUGCGGGCAUCGACGACCCUGCUGAUAUCCUGAUUGACAUCGUCUUGGACGAUAUGGAUAAGAGGCGCCGGAGGACAUCCAAGAACCAGCACUCGCCCACCAUACCCAACCCAAGCCCCCGGAGAAGUCCGACCAUGGCCCAUGCUGAAUUGCACAGAUCUGGAUCAACCCCAGGCUCGCCCAACCCCAGGGGAUCUCUUGGAGACCUUCCGGUCGGCUCGCUUGGAACCGAUUCGUCGUCCCCUUAUGGUAGCCGCCGCCCUUCGGUGGCCAGGAUCGAGACCGAUGAGCCACGAUCUCCUGGAAAGUCCGAUCGCCCGAGGAGCCACUCCCCUUCGCGCCCUGCCAGCUCUCGCCACCACACGGCGCCAACCACCAGACAUUCGUACAAAGUCAGGCGGUCCGGCUCUGGCAGUUCCCACUCAAGCCUGUCCGACUCGUGGCACAACUCGAGGAACAGCGCAUCUAAUCUGUUGGGCAUGGGCAUACUCCCGGCUUCCAAGUGGCGUUUCCUGAAGCACCUCAGUCUAGCUGACAACUCAUUGACUGCCAUUCAGGCAACAAGUUUAACACCUCUUGCCAACACUCUGUACUCUUUGGAUCUGUCGUCAAACUUGUUCACACAGAUCCCUGACAGCCUGGCAACGCUUACCGCGCUGCGCGCCCUCAACUUGUCACACUGUAUGAUUGAUUCAUUGCACUCGCUGACGCGCAACCCCCUGCCUGCCAUCACUGCUUUGAACCUCCGCGCCAACCGCCUGCAGUCUAUCGCCGGGGUCGAGAAGCUCUAUCCCCUGGAGAGACUCGACUUGAGAGAUAACCGUUUGACUGACCCCAUGGAGCUGGCACGCUUGACCGGCAUUCCCGACAUUCGAGAGAUCUGGGUCGAGGGGAAUCCGUUCACUCGAAGCCACCGGGACUACCGUAUCACCAUCUUCAACCUAUUCCGAAAGACACCCGGCUAUACUGAGGAUGUCAUCAUAGACGCAUCUGGCCCGACAUAUUCCGAAAAACGAUAUCUCGUGGAGCGGGUUGAUGUACCAGCAGCUGUUCCCGUAGUGAAGCAGCCCAUGCCAGAAGUACCUGCCGUGGACGUCAGCAAACCAGCCAUCGUCUACGAUGCACCCAAGGCACCUGCCGUACUGAGGAAGGAGCGCCCAACGCCCAAGGCGGUCGCCAGUGAGAUCAACACAAGCUCGACACGCCGGAAGCGGACACCCAAACGGAGGAUAGUUGACCUGGCGACGAAUGAUCCGGCCAAGGCGGCCAGUCAGGCCAUCAAAAUCAAGGAGCUGGGGGCAGACAAAACCUCGAGACCGGUCGGUACAGAGAGCAACUACCGCAUCUCCCAAUCGCCGGAAGCACAGAGACCGAUAUCGACAGAGAUGAGGUCGUCGAACUCGUUCAACCUGCCCGAGAUUCCCCGUUUUGACUCGAGUGCGAUCUCGACGGUGUCUCCCACCUUUGGAAGUGACACCAUCCCCAGCCAAUGGAGAGACAGCCAGGACUGGAAUGCCAGUGGGGAAAUCUAUCGGCAGAAGAUCGAAGCGUUGAGGGAUAAGGUUGGCAACGGGUACCUGAGCGUUCUCAACGAAGAGAGCUGGGAGCCAAACCGACCUCCUAUUCCUACAUUUUCAGGCGAUUACGCCCCGGCUUCUACCAUCCGACCAAGUCUAGCUAGUCCGCGGACGACGAGUGCGCAGACAAUCACAAGCGGCCGCACACUCGGUUGA